AUGUCUACUGAAACUGCACAAGAGGAGCUGCUUGCGCGUCAUCGCAAGGAACGUAAAGAUUUGACCAAUCAGAUUACUUCUUUGAAGAAGCAAGCAUCAAAGAAGACGAGGAAGCAAGUAAAUGCCAAAUGUACAGACUUAGAACAGGAACUUGAUACUCGACAUAAAUCAGAGCUCGCAAAGUUGAACGGUGUUGCUUUUGAGCAUUCUGAUUCGGAAGAAAUCACACCAGCUCAAUUAUUAGCUCAAUUGUCCUUAGAUCAAGAUCCUGUGCAAUCUGUUUGUAAAACCGAUGAGUUGCAACAGCGAGAACCAGAGUUACAGGGAAAGAAACGUAGGAAUAGACAAAAGGAGCGAUUGGCAAAAAGGGAUGCAGAGGUUGCAAGAAUUAAACAACAGGCAAUGGAAGAGGCAGCCGAGCAGCCGAACUUGAAAGAUAUUGAGCAAAACUCUUUGGAUAAAGUUUGUGUAGUGCUAAAUUUGAAACAAUUCGAUAUCCAGCCGGAUGGACACUGUUUGUUUAAUAGUAUUCUAGAUCAACUGAGGCUCCGCCAUCAGACUAAUAAUGACAUUGAGUAUGAUUAUAACUUUCCAGAGGAAUAUACAGGUACCAAGUACGUGUCUGAAAUGGACGUCUAUUCGUUGAGAUCGCUUUCAUCAUCAUUCAUUAGGGAGAACCGUGACGAUUUCAUCCCAUAUCUUUUCGAUGAAAAUACAAUGACCGUAAAGGAUCUUGAUGAGUAUACAAAAACUAUGGAAACUACAGCCCAAUGGGGUGGAGAAGUAGAAAUUUUGGCACUAUCAAAAGUUUUUAACAGUACCAUUAGCAUUUUGAUGUCAGGAAGAUCCACUUACAGGAUAAAUGAAGACGCGAAGAAUCCCGAACUCAAGAUCGUAUACUACAAACAUUCGUAUACGCUCGGAGAGCAUUAUAACUCGUUGCAUGAUCUGUAG